UUCAAUGGCCGAGGACGCCAUCGCCGUCGCACGUCCAGAUUGGGAUGUUUUCCUCUUGCAUCGACGAGACGAGCGCUCUGCAGCAGUCACUGCCAUAUACCGGGCGUUUCGAAAACUGAACAUAAAAACGUUCUGGGAGUACGAAUGUGUCGACUGGGGACAGUCUCCGCUUUCUGCUAUUGAUGCCGGUCUGCAUGCUUGCCGCGUUGUAAUCGCUCUUGUCAGUCGCGACUUCUUUGCUUGCGAGAAAUCGAUCAGACUGCUUGAUGUCGCACUGGAGCUCACUGAUUGCGACAGGAGACGGAAAUUGCUUUUGGUGUCUCUGGAUAUCGAUGUGCCUUCUGAUGUGCUCGUGCGCAGAACGCCGAGAUUGCCUUGGACUGGAUGUCUCAGAUUUUCCUAUCCGUCAGAUUGCAAUGAAGUUGCGAGACACGUGCAGACAGUCUUGAAAGGUCUGGUGCAAGACACGUCACCUGAGAACAAUUUGGUACAAAAUAGAGCUUUGGUGCCAGACAUUGGCGCAUUGUUUCAACUACUCAGAGACGAAGGCGACAAUGUUAUUCUUGUCAAGGACACUCUUUUGCUGAUCAGUGAACGAGCCUUGACAGUGGACGAUAGAAAAUUUGUUUUAUCUGUAAAGGGAUUUGAACCAGUUGUCGCUAUGUUAUCAAAAUACUCUAACGACAGCAUAAUCUUUCAGCAUGGUUUGGCCGUUAUUGCUAGGAUGUGUUAUGGAAGCGUUCCUAACAAAUGUCAUGCGAAGGAAUGCUGUGCUAUGACUCAAGUAGUGCAAGCACUUCGUAAAUUUGAAAACUUUCGCGAUGUGCUGCAAGAGGCAUUGGCAUGUGUAAAAAAUAUGUGCUUAGAGUACGAAGAAAACAGGAAAGAAUUUGUUGAGAAUAAUGGCGUUGUGUUGAUCGUUCGGGUGAUGAGGAAACACAAAGACGACUUAGUGCUACAGAGAUGGACGUGUGCUGCUCUCUGUGCAUCUUUUUCUUAUUCUGCGUUCGCUGUUGAUCAGUUUGUUGGUCAUGAUGGGUUGGCACUGUUGCGUCGAGCAUUACAGUUUGUCAUUCCAGGGACGCACAGCGAUCGAGACGAGAUUAUUCAGAAAUGGGCAUGCCAUGCUGUCGCUCAACUUGCAAAUAUAGUAAGGGUGGACUUGCUCGAAUUAGGAGUUUUGCAGCAAUGUGAAAUAACUAGACAACAAUUUCCACAACAGAGUCCUGCUUAUGAAGCGGCGUCACAUGCUAUUCAUUGUCUCUUACAUCCAGACGAAACAGGUGCUAUGAUACAUCCUAGUUUGAAAGCAUCAUCUCUAGACAUUUACUUUAUUCUUAAUGAGAUACGGGGAUCACCACACUGUGCUCCUGUUUUAGCAUAUGGCUUUACAUUCAUGUUUCACAAUUCUGUAUCUAGUCGGAGAGACUUUUUGCGCGAGGGCGGCAUGCAGAUGGUCGUGCAAGUGAUGAAUGAUUGUCGACAUGGCAAUGAUGAAGAAAUUCAACGAUUGGCUUGUCAAGCCAUUAGGGAGUAUUGUUGUGAAUCGGGUAAUCUGUAUGGUAUGGGAUGUCAUGUUAUUGUACAAUGGCUGUGUGUAUAGAUGAAGCAAGGCAUAAGGCGUGUGAGUCAGGAGCCAUUGUAGCAGUGGUUUGUGCUCUGCGUCGGUUUCUGACGAAAUCCGGCAGUCUGCCAGUUACGUCAGAGAUUGUGUGCGUAGCUUGUGAAGCACUUGCCGAGAUAUUUACAAAUACAGGUGAGAGCUAUGAUAUUGCUGCUAAAUGUGGUGCUCCAGCUGCUAUUGUUCAAUCGAUGCAGUGCUUCAAGGACUCGCAUUUAAUUCUUCGAGCUGGAUCGGCAGCUUUGUGUGCAUUGUGCGAGGGUGUUGUAGGAAGACCUGAUCAUAAUGGACUAUUUAAGGAUGACAGUGUCAUUGCAGAGUGCUUGCUUCAUGCUCUUCGUACACAAUCGGGUGAUGAAGCAAUUGUCUGGUUUGUCUGUCGUGCUAUCAAGGCGUUGACAUUGUGUGCUAUUGGUAACUCUCAAGGUCUUUUGAAAGAAAUGGGUACAGUUUGUUGUCUUCAAAAUGUUGCUCAGUUGUAUGACAAGUUUGAGCGGCCGGCCUCUCGUGCUGUUAGAGAUGCUUUACAUUGCUUGGUGACUGCAGGUAACGCAGGAGAUAAAUUAUGACAGAACAAACUAAGAAGUGAACAAUGAGAACCAACUUUGCAGAGCCGGGGAGGUACAGUGAUGAAUUCCCUUCAUGCUUGCACAUGGGUCUGUUUCUCCAUGG